AAAAAAACCCUAAAAAAAACUCCCAAAACUCUCAGGUACAAGCAAAAAAUCGAGCUUGAAUUCACAAGGAUUAUGAAUUUCGAUUUACUCAAAGACUCAUUAUUUCUAGUAAUUUUAGGAUAAGUUUUGGGAAACUAGAGGAUUUUAUUGUUGAUCAGAAGAAGCUCAAUCGAAACUGAAUUGUGCCGAUUUAAUUUUUUUUCUGCUGUGAAAAUGGGACAUCAGCGGCCGAAUACUCGUAGUAAAAGUAAAAGGAAUAGACCCGAUGAUUGUAUUGACAUCGCUGCGGAAAUUUACAGAAAUGUUCUAUCUACCAGGCAGGUGACAGAAGAUGAUAUUAAUCAGCUGUACAUGAUAUGGAAGCCUGCUUGUCAAGGAUGUCGUUUCAACACCAAAGAUAAUCCCAAUUGCUUUUGUGGAUUGAUUCCACCUCCAAAUGGUAAUCGCAAAUCUGGGUUAUGGCAGAAGACAUCCGAAGUGGUCAAUGCUUUUGGUUCUGAUCCUUCAGAUGAUCGUCGUGCAUCCCCAGAGACACCUGCUGGGUUGACAAAUCUGGGUGCGACAUGCUAUGCAAACAGUAUUCUGCAAUGCUUGUAUAUGAAUAAGUCAUUCAGGGAGGGUGUAUUCUCUAUUGAACCAGAUGUGCUGAAACAACAACCAGUGUUAGACCAACUAGCACGACUGUUUGCAAAGUUACAUUUGCACAAAAUGGCUUUUGUUGAUUCUGCUCCAUUUAUCCAAACCCUGGAGCUAGAUAAUGGCGUUCAGCAGGACAGUCAUGAGUUUCUGACCUUGCUCUUCUCUCUGCUUGAGCGUUGUCUGAGUAGAUCUAGCGUGUUGAAGGCCAGAACAAUUGUCCAAGAUCUUUUCCGCGGAGGUGUGUCACAUGUGACUAUGUGUUCAAAAUGUGGAAAUGAAUCUGAAGCUUCAUCAAAAAUUGAGGACUUCUAUGAGCUGGAGUUGAAUGUCAAGGGUUUGAAGAGUUUAGAUGAGAGUCUGGACGACUAUCUUAGCGUAGAGGAGCUUCAAGGAGAUAAUCAAUAUUAUUGUGGUUCAUGUGCCACCCGAGUUGAUGCUACUCGUAGCAUUAAAUUGCGCUCUCUGCCUGCAGUCCUAAAUUUCCAGCUCAAGCGUUGCAUUUUCCUUCCAAAUACUACAACGAGGAAGAAAAUCACAUCUGCAUUUUGUUUUCCUGAAGAGCUGGAUAUGACACGAAGGAUAUAUGAGCAUUUCCAAUCAGAACUAAUAUACGACUUAUCAGCUAUACUGAUUCACAAAGGUUCAGCUGCAAAUAGUGGCCACUAUGUAGCCAAUAUUAAAAAUGAGAAUACACAGCAGUGGUGGGAGUUUGAUGACGAACAUGUUUCAAAUUUAGGCUGUCAGCCAUUUGGUAAAGGUUCUUCACAUUCUGCUUUCAAGCCUUCUCAAACUGAGCAACUUGACCACUCUCCUUCUGAUGUAAUUAUUGAGAAUGGGAAUGGGCCUGAUGCUGGGGAGCGGCAAGCCUCAAAUAUGGAUGUCACUGAAGUGAAGACCUUCUCGUCUUGUGAUGCUUAUAUGCUGAUGUAUGUCCUUAGACGUCCAAAGAAUGGUGAUAAAAUGUCAAUUGACUCUAGUGGUUAUAAAGCGGAAAAAGAGGCUAGUACAUCUUCAGAAGUUGAUGGUCAUCUUCCAUCCCACCUCUAUGAGGAGGUAGAAAAACUGAAUGACUCAUAUGUUGACUCAUGUGAGCAAUACAAAAUGAAAAAGGAGUCUGAGAUGAAUAGCAUCAUGGAACGGAGGCUGGAGGUACGUUCAAUCCUUUCUAAAGCUGCAGUUCAAUCACCUGAGGAAUCUUACUUUUGGAUAUCUAUGGACUGGCUGCGUCAAUGGGCGGACAACAUCGUGUCAUCAAUCAUUGAUAACACUUCCAUACAAUGUACACAUGGGAAAGUACCAGUUUCAAAGGUUGGCUUCAUGAAGCGGCUGUCUUGUGAAGCUUGGACCAUGUUAUGCUCUAAGUAUGGUGGAGGACCAAUGCUGGCCAAGGAUGAUUACUGCACGGAAUGCCUUUUUGAAGUGGCUCAGUCAAUGGCCCGUGCUGAUAGCUACCGGGAUCGAAGAACAUUAAUGAAAGAACUUGCCGAAGCAGCCCUUGCGGGUGGUUGUCUAGAUGAGAAGUUGUACUACAUAUCAAAGCCAUGGUUACAACAGUGGCUCCGAAGGAAAAAUGUAGACUCUCCUUGUGAAGCUGAUGCUGGACCAACAGCUUCAAUAAGGUGUCCUCAUGGACUGCUGAUGCCCGAACAAGCUUCUGGUGCUAGACGUGUGCUGAUACCCGAGACUCUUUGGAAUUUUAUUCGUGAGAUAGCUAUGGCAGUAAAACCUGAUGAUUCUGUGGGUUGUUCAACUUUCUUUUUAGACUCUCAGCCUUGUACUCAAUGCAGCAUUCAACUCACUGAAGUUGCAUGCUUAGAAGAUACUCUAAGGGAGUUUAAGCUCAAGCAACGGCAAAGUCAUGAGAAGUUAGCAAUGGGUAAAGGCAUACCAAUUCUUCCUGGUAACAGAUACUACUUGUUACCAUCUUCGUGGUUGUUUAAAUGGAGAAGCUACUCUAAUGCAAGUGGCAAAAGUGCUCCUUCUGCUGAACCUGAAACUUUGGAUGCUGUCAUUGGUUUUCUGAUGUGUGAAAAGCAUUCAAGACUUCUUGAAAGGCCUCCUGAUCUGGCUUGCAAACGUGGAAGUAUUCUCCAGAAGUCACCUGCUACAGAUGUAUUGACAAUUAUCACCGACAAUGAUUGGAAGUCAUUUUGUGAAGACUGGGGUGGUACAGAGGCAAAAGGAAUUACAGCUGAAAUUGAUAGCUUGGGGAACGAUUUCCUUGGGUCCAGUGAAGAUAUGGCAUUUUCUGAGGAGCAUAUGAAUUUGAAUGACGAAUUGAAUGUUGGGCCCGAGUCUAGAAGAUUCAUCAUUAAGAUUUCACCAGAGGUUUGUGAGGAGUGCAUUGCUGAAAGAAAAAGCUGUGAAUUAAAGAGGAAACUCAACUAUUCCAACGAAGAUAUAUGUGUCUGCUUCAUUCGCGGCAAGGAACCUCCAAAAUCAGUUCUAGAAGCAUCAGUGAACAGCCUGGAACCAAAUCGACGGACCUCAAAGCGUUCCAGGAAGACAGCAUUUGGGAACUCAGUAAACUUGAAUGUUUCUGGGUCCACAUCUGUCUACCAGCUGAAGAUGAUGAUAUGGGAAGCUUUUGGGAUAGUCAAGGAAAAUCAGGUACUUCACAAAGGUUCUCUGGUAAUUGAUGGCGAAUCUGCUUGUCUUGCUGACCUGAAUAUAUUCCCUGGAGAUGUACUAUGGGUGACAGAUUCUGAGAUUCAUGAGCAUCGUGAUAUUGCAGAUGAGCUUUCUGGCCCGAAAAUGGAAGCACGAAAAACUGAAGAAGGUUUUCGUGGAACACUUCUGUCCUCAAGUCUCUCAUCCCAGUUUGUCUCUGAAGCAUCUGCAUGCCUAAAUUAAUGAGGGUGUACUUGUAAAGUGUAGCUGUUCUUCAUAUUUGAUUAUGGAAGAGUAAAGCUAGAUCUUCAACCUGCUUAACCAAGAUAAUCAGAUUGGCUCACUUUGUUAUGUUGAGAGAGUAUUCCCUGUUUUGUACAAGCUUUUGUGUUAUUAGCUCCUUUACAAAAUCUGUUUGCAGAUAUGGUGAAGGAUCUCCUAUUGCAAGUUACUGUGUAGAGAUUAAUAUGAUUUUGGUUUCAACUUUAAGCCCCUAUUUGGUGCUCAAUCUGUUGAUGUAAUCUUCUUCCUUUCACCUUCUUGGCUGCACUUAAGUCAGGCAAGUUGUAGUUCUGAAAGGCCAGGUCUGGUUCAUAGUCCUAGUUUUGGGACAGUUUUGUGCAUUAUCGAACCUUAUUCCCUUGCCUUGUGAAUAGUUGAAGACUAAAGAGGCAGUCAAUUGUACAUGUAAAUACUUGUGUGGAAGUUGUAUCUGAUGUACUUAGUGGUAA